AUGAAGCACAUGAAUGAAAGUCUUCCAAAGGAUUUCAUUCUCAUGGGAUUUACCAAAUACCCAUGCUUGGAUCUGCCUCUCUUCUUUGUCCUCAUGACCUCCUACAUCUUCACAUGGUUGGGAAACAUUACUAUUAUUCUGGUCUCUCAACUAGACUCCCAACUACAGAGUCCCAUGUAUUUCUUUCUCACCAACCUCUCCUUUUUGGAUCUCUGUUUCACCACCACAACGGUGCCCCAAAUGCUGUUCAACUUAGCAGCAUCUAAUAAGAGCAUCACUUACAUAGGCUGUAUGGUCCAGGCCUAUGUGUUUCACUGGCUAGGCUGUACUGAAUGUAUCCUGCUUGGCAUCAUGGCCUUAGACCGCUAUGUGGCUGUGUGUAAGCCUCUGAGGUACUCUGUAAUCAUGGACCACAAGCUCUGCCUGCAGCUGUCUAACACUGCUUGGCUCUUCGGUCUGACCAAUUCACUGCUGCAGUCCACACUCACAGUCCUGUUGCCUCUGUGUGGGAACCAGGUACUGGACCACUUUUUCUGUGAGCUGCCUGGUCUUAUUAAGAUGGCUUGUGUGGACACCACAGUCAAUGAGAUUACUUUAGCAGUAGUGGCCACCCUCCUGAUAAUGGGUCCGCUUUUCAUGAUUCUUAUAUCCUACAGUUACAUUGCCCGAGCUGUAUUUCAAAUUCCUUCUCUUGAUGGGAGACUAAAGGCCUUCAAUACUUGCUCUUCGCAUUUAUUGGUAGUAUCUUUAUUUUAUGGCCCUGGAAUCUAUAUCUAUAUGCAGCCUUCAGAGAAUGGUCCUCAAGACCUUGCCAAAUUUCUGACCCUAUUUUACUGUGUUAUUACUCCUAUGGCCAACCCAUUCAUCUACACCCUAAGGAACAAGGAUGUUAAAGGAGCUUUGAGGAGUCUUCUGAGAAGGGCCAUUUCAUCAAAGAGAAUAUGAGGAAUUGAUGCUUU